AUGGGGCCCCUCAGCCAGCCCUUUGGCUCUGUAGACACACCGUCCCUCGACCCCAAUUAUUCAUUCAAAGGGGAGUUCACCAAACUGUACAACAUUCCAGUGCAGAUUGGACACGGCGUAAAUGUCUUUUUGCGGAAGAUUGCAGUUGCAGCAGCUUCCAAACCAGCUGUUGAGAUUACACAGCAGGGGGAAAGUCUCUCCAUUCAGACCUCCACUAGUGUGCGGACCACUUAUGUGUCCUUCACGGUGGGCGAGUCCUUCAACGAGACUACAGUGGAUGGACGCCCAUGCACAAGUUUUCCAAAAUGGGAGACAGACCGUAAAAUCACUUGUGAGCAGACGCUGCAGAAGGGGGAGGGGCCUGAGACAUCAUGGACACGUGAACUGACCAAUGAUGGCCAGAUGAUUCUCAACAUGAGAGCCGGAGAUGUCGUCUGCACCCGUGUGUAUGAACGAGACUGAAGGAUCCUUAGAUUUCAGUUAAUUUAUUCCAUUCCAUCUCAACCAUGUCCGCAAUAUGCUAAAAUGCUAGUUUAUCAUUGUGUAAGCCUGUUCCUUCCACGUUUUUUAUGUUUGACAUGUGCUAAGUUUGUGUGCCAGAGAAGGAGAGAUGUUUGAAGGGUCAGAGGUGGUACUUGUAUAAAGAUGGUAGCGAGUUUGCAUUGUUCUUUUUGGUGCAUUAGCUGAGAAGUGUAUUUAUUAUUGGUGUUUGUGCAUUUUAUGUUGCAGUUUCAUGUACAUGCCACAAUGUGUCUUAUCAAUCAAAAAUGUUUUUGGCAAUAAACCUUUAUACAUAAAAC